UGCGUGACUGAACAUCAUGGGACAUGAUCUCUGAGACUGGAACUUGGACAGUUCUUCAUCUCUUCUCACUGAUACCAAGAGCGCACAGAGGACUCCUGUGGACCAUACAUACAAUCAUACUGAAACCCAAAAAACAUUGCUGAGUCCGCUUUUUUUCGGCGCGUGUUUUAAAGUUUAGAAUAAUGAGACUGGAUUUUUCAGCUAGCUGGAUAUUUCAAGGAUGGAUCACGCACUUGGUGCUUGCUCUGUGCACGCAGACAGGAUUGGCCAAAACCUGCCGCCAUCCUGAGUAUGAGCACAACGGAGUAUGCUGCAGUAAAUGUGAACCAGGAAAAUAUGUUUUCGACCAUUGCACUGGCACCUCGGGCACAAAAUGCCGGGGUUGUGGUCGUGAUGAGUACCAGCCGGACUGGAGCAGUGACAUGAAAUGCAUCCCUCAGAAGUUCUGCGACGAGGGUAAAGGCUUCAACCGCACUCGUCCACACAACCCCAUAGCGCCCGAACCCUGUCGAUGCAAACAGGGUUUCCACUGUUCCUUAAUAAACUGCGAGUAUUGCGAGGCUAUUGAGAAAUGCCCUGCUGGAGAAGGAGUUGUGAUGUGUGACAAAGCGUCAGACAGAGCAUCCUGUGUCCCGUGUCAGUAUGGAUUUUUCUCCGAUUCCUUGUCGACAGAAGUCUGCAAGAAAUGGACAGACUGCAAGGCCAUUGGCAAGACUGAGAAGCAGCCGGGCAGCAGUAAGACAGAUGUGGUGUGUGGACUGCAUUCUCCCGGUCCUACGACACCCUGGAUGGUGGUGGCCAUCCUCUCCGUCGUCAUCGUGGUAUCUCUGGUGGUUCUUUUUCUAUUCUGCUGUAAGGAAAGGAUGACCUUCCUCUCUGUAAAUCUUCGCACGUGCGUCCAAAACCUGAAACGAAGCAGAAAUCAACAGGAGACUGUGAUACCUUCACACUGUCCUACUGGUGCACAAACCUGCCCUCUAAUUUGCCAAGAGAAAACCCCUCCAGAGAUGACGUGUCCCAGCACCGUGUUAACCAUCAAUGAUGAAACCUCCACUGACCAGGAACAAGACCACGACCGAGCUGACACAUCAUCAGGGAGCUCCAGUGAGGAUUCUGGGAGUGGAUCCGCAUCCCCGCUGUCAGGCAGCUCCUGCAGUUGUGUGCUCUCCAAGGAACCCAUAGAGGUCGGAGAAAACGAAGACUGUAGUCAACUGGUACCCAUAGGCCUGACAACGUGCUGCUCCUGCAGAACAGGAGAUGCUGCUGGUCCAUCAACAAAAAAUGUGCAGGUGAUCAGUUUAAAAGAGCCUGUGGUAUGUGAGAACUGCUCUUCCGAGGGUUUGCGUGCUUGCGCUGGCGACUGCGUUUACAUGCAGCGCUCCCAGGAACUCUACCUGGACUACAGCAGCCCUGCUGGUAAGGACACCAUGUCGGAGAUAAGAGGUGACAGAGGUCGGGUCGAGGGCCAAUAUAGACAAAAUGAACCCUGUUGCUGCAGCAUAGACUCCACCACCAUUCCUCUCUUGCCGUCUGUGAGCACUAAUGACCAGGGCCUUUCGCUGAUCCACAGCAAUGAUAAUAAGAUGUCUGACCCGGACGCAGACACGGAGUAUCAGAACCAGUGCUCGGAAGCUGCUCUAACAUCUGGUCAAGUGACGGGAAACAACAACACUACUUUUAUUUCCAGCGGGCAGGUAAUGAACUUCACUGGUGAGGUCAUUGUGGUGUACGUCAGUCAGACGUCACUGGGCAGCGGAGGGGCGACGGAGGAACCGUUCAGUUGCCCGGUUCAGGAGGAAUCUAAUGAUGACAGCCUUCAUAGUGAACCCAAAUCUAUCCCAAGCACAUCACCCCAGGCCAAGAACGAGAUCAGCCAUUCACAGAGACAUCUGCCUGUUCAGGAAGUGACCAAUGACUGGUCCUGCAUGGCAAAAACAAAGAACUGAGUAUACUUUUACUGGACAGGAAUAGACUUUUUUCAACCAUGGAUUUUUGUUGUUUUUUGUUAUUGAUAGGUUUAUCGACAGCCCUUAUAGCAACUUGAGUGCUAUUUCAUGAAAAAUGCUAUGCAUUUGUUGACCUGUGUAUUUAUACCGUACUUUUUGUUGGUUUGCAGUAAGCAUUGAAUGAAUUUGAUGAAAGGGAAGAACAUUGAGAGUGGCUUGGUGCAACAGUAAGCCAAAUCAUGGCCAAAUAUGAUGUUAGCAGAGCCAGAGAAAGCAUAAGUAAAGCCACCAGAACAAAAGCCGGGUGUUGCUUUCUCUCCGCCUUUUUCAGAAACUCAGCGAUUGAACAGUACCUCAUUGAAAGACGCUUUUUACGUUUCUGAGCUGAUAACAGUUUAAAAAGCUACAGGGAUAAUUUACUAUGUCUACAUGUAUGAAUUUAAACCAUUCUUCGUAAAUGCUAAAUCAUUUUGUUUAUUUAUCGUGCCGUUUGUGCCGCUGACCUGACGUGUGUCUGUCUGACUGGAGCAGAAAAAGAUAAUCAUGGAUGUUAUACACAAGCAUUAAAUGUAUAUAGUGAUUGAAAACUGUUGUUUUGAAUACACGAGUAGUGAUUUUCUAUGAAUGCACUUAUUACUGUAAAUAAAGCUUGU